ACACAGCCUGCCUGACGAUCAUUUUGUCGCUAGCUGGGCUCCAUUAUCACUGUCAGUUAUGGGAAAGAAAACCCGGACGGGGACGGGCCGCCGGACCAUUCUACAGCUUUCUCCGCCCGGACCUCGCAGUGGACUCGGCGCAGGGAGAGACGAAGGGUUAGGUUCUGGGUCGGAAGAGGAGCCAGAGGGUAACGCUGACAGCCAUAGAGAAGUAAACAUAGAAAUGAAGCCUCCUGCUGUAAAGGCAACCCAGGGCUUGUCCUUGCUGGGUGCCUACGAGGACAGUGAUGAGGAAGAUGCUUCUGAAACCAUUUCCACAACAAAGGGCAAGCACAAUCGGCCUGCAGAUAUUGACAGUACCCUAGCUAGUUUCAUGGCUGAGAUUGAUGCAAUCACCACUCAGCCAGCCCAGGCAGAAGAUUCUGUGCCCAGUGCUCCUGCACCUACCCCUCCACGCCCUGAACCCAAAACGGAACAACAAGCUCAUGUUCAGAAUGGAUCUGCACAAGAAUUUCAGUAUAAUACACAGUAUUCCUUGGCAGGAGCUGGUCUUGAGAUGGGAGAUUGGCAGGAGGUGUGGGAUGAGAACACGGGCUGCUACUACUAUUGGAACACCCAGACUAAUGAAGUUGCCUGGGAGCUUCCCCACUAUCUGGCAGAUCAGAUGCAGAGUCUUCAGCAGCAGUACACAGAAACCUCAUCAAUCAAUGGCAGCGGCAUGUCCCACCAUGCAGAGGGAUAUCCUGAACAGACUCCUGCAGUGUCUGCUGCUGUACCUAAAAGGGAAACAAAAAAGAAGGCAUUAAUAGAGAGUGUGGUGGCUUUAACCAGUGAUGAGGAAGAGCGAAAAGGGGUGGCUGCCUCUCUCCUUGCACCCCUCAUACCACCUGAGGUGAAGGAGGCGGAGGAGCAAUGGAGGAAGAAGAUUCUGGCUAUAGAGGAGAAAACUGACAGUGGUCAGGAGAAUGAAGGGGAAGAUGCUCAGCCUUCAGGCUCUCCUGCUGUUUGUGAUGCAGAAAGCCCUUCUAAUGCUAACCAGCAAAGCAGAAACCACUCAGUUGAGAACUCUGAAGGCGAAGACGAGCCAGAGGAGGAUACCAUGGAACUGGAACUUGCAUUAGAGAGAAAAAAGGCUGAACUUCGCGCCCUAGAGGAAGGUGAUGUUAGUGCUGGUGGUUCCAGCCCCUGUUCUGAGGCCAGUCAGGAGGGCUCCCGUAGUGGCCUUUUGAAGAAGACGAAGUGGAAAACUGCUUUUCUUCGUGCUCAGAGUCCUGACUCGAACAGCAGAGGCUCUGACAAGGCAGGAUGGGACACACCAGAUAAUGUAGAUAUCGCACAUUCCAAAACUGCUGAGAAGCAGGGGGACAAAGAAAAAGAGGAAAAGGACAAGAGUUUACCCAAAACCCAAGAGGAGGAAACACCGGACCUCAAGUUUCAGAUUGGAGAGCUUGCAAACACAUUAACCAGCAAAAUGGAGUUCUUGGGAAUUGACAAAAAGGCCAUCUCUAACUUUCAGUUGCUUUUACUACAAACGGAGACACGGAUAGCAGAUUGGCGAGAGGGUGCUUUGAACGGAAAUUAUCUUCGUCGCAGGUUGCAGGAAGCUGCUGAACACAUAAAACAUUACGAACUUAACGCCACUCCCAAGGGCUGGUCCUGCCACUGGGACAGAGAUCACAGGCGGUACUUCUACGUGAAUGACCGGAGCAGUGCCUCUCAGUGGGAAUUUCCAGAUGUGGUAGAGGAAGGAGGAGUAGACGCCAAGCCUCUUCAGCCCUCUACAGCUGUCCAGGGAAAUGCUGAUAUUUUGCCUCCUGAGGCUUCCAGUGGUUUAGUAGCAGGAACUUCAUUUGGAGAAACCCAGGCCUACUGGUCUGUUCAUCAACCUCCACUUCCUCCAGAGACUCCCCCUCCACCUAUAGAGCAACCUCCUCCUCCACCUCCACCACCAGAAUCGCCUCCACCACCCCCUCCACCACCCCUUAGUGACGAUGGGGAGAUUGAGGAAGUAGAGAUGGAAGAUGAGGAUGCAGAGCCACCUGCUCCUGGAACAGAAGAAUUUAAGGCCAGUGAAGCAGCACUAUCUCAGGCAGCCACAGCUAAAGCUCAGAAGCGGAAAGCACCAGGUUCAGCACAGACAAACAAAGCUGUCAUGAUUGGGAGCAGUGCCAUACUUUACGCUCAGCCUGUUGUCACCUCAGCCCCACUGAUGACUGGAACUGCGUAUUGGGGAAUGCCUGCAGCAGCUUUGCCCCCUCUGCCAUCAGAGAGUUUAGUUCCACCAGUUCCAGCCCCACCCUCGCAACCUCCACCUCCGAUACCCCAGCCACCAAGUGAACCAACUUCUGGCAAAGUGCUUGUUGACAAAACAAAAAAGCUAAAAAAAGAAAAGAUGAAAAAGAGUAAGACGAAGAUGCCAUCUUUGGUCAAGAAGUGGCAGAGCAUUCAAAGAGAGCUAGAUGAAGAGGAGAAAUCAAGUUCUAGCGAUGAAGAUCGAGAUCAACUAAACAACAAACGUAUUGAAGAGUGGAAACAGCAACAGCUUUCCUCAGGGAAGGCAGGAAAGAAUGCCAACUUUGAAGCACUGCCGGACGACUGGAGGGAAAGGCUGCUGAAGAAGAGGAAAAUGAUGCAGAGUUCAUAACAGCUGUACUAAACAAUUUGCACAUGGUCAAAUCGGACACUUCUCUCUGGAGUGGACUUGGUCUUGAACUGUAUCUGUCAUCACCCUGUUCUCGCAGGAUGAGUUAGAUCAAACUGAAUGAGUGGUUGUGUUUUUUUUUUAUGGACUAUAUAUGAUGUGCAUAUAUUAUUGCACAUUUACUUUUUUGUAAACCUAUCAUUCACAAUACAUUUUUUAUUAUUGUAAGCGGGUGUCUUUCUGCUUAUUGGCAUUUGUAAAGUGGCCCUGAUGUGUACAUAUUUGUAUUUCUUUUUCCCCCUAAUAUGGUCUACUGUCAGACACCUCCCUCUAAUCCACCAUGUCAAAUAUUCAUUCCUAAAAUUGCAAUUUGUUUUCUUUUUCCCCCUCUUUCUUCUGUUAGAUUUUACUUUCUAAGAUUACUAAUUGAUCUGAUUUCAGUUUGUUGCUUGGUUUCUGGGCCUUGGAUUCAAAGAUUGCUCCCUCUGGACACUUACAAUUCUAUGACAUGCAGUCCCCAUAAUUAAAUAAUUUUAAGCAGUUUGGUAUUUGCAGUAGUUCAUACUACUGACUAACUUUUAACUGAGAUUUGGAGUUUUUUUUUUUUUUUUUUCUAUAGCAGUUCCUUUCGGAAUGAAUGUGGACUAUAUAAAACUAUGGCCUGCUCACUCCAGUGGUCAGACAUUGUGCACACAUUUGAGCAGAUAAGGACAAGAACGAUUUUGGCUAAAUUCCACUCUGAAUUUUGCCUCUCAAGUGGACAAGCUACAUCUUUGUAAGCCUUCAUGGAGACGUGUGCCAAUUGCUCCAGUUUUCCUCAAACCUUCGCAACAGUCUGUUUUUCUCUGGCACUUGUACAUCUCUCACUGGAGUGUGUUCUGUGUAAUUGUAUACUUGAUAGGGUGGGAGGGUUAUGGGGUCAGUGAAUUUUCCAAUGUUGUAAAUACUUAAUAAAAAAAAAUUCAACCUGUAUUUUAGACCUGUUUAAGAAUCAGCUAAGAGUCUUUCGGGCCUUGUUUGUGGGAUUUCCUCCCAUUCUCUGUUGCAAAAGUCAACCUGUCAUCCUGGGAUACAUUGCCCUUUAGGAAAGUAAGCUUUAAUAUCAGUGACAUCACGGACAUAAUACAAUGUUUUUUGUAGUUUUGUCUUUUGUUUUCAAGGGACUAAAUUCACUUGUUGCAUCUUCACUGUUUUUAUGUAAAGCUGAGGUCAAGCUUAAGAUUUCCAUUGUAAAAUAUCAAGGUAAUUCAAAUAUUUUUUGGAAAAAGAAAGGUCACCACAAACAUUUCAAAAUAUUUGCAGCUGUAGGUCAAUCAUGUUUUCACCAAAUGCCAAUUUUCACACCCUCUUGAGCAGCUUGUCUUGACGAAGUGGACCCAUGCAUAAGAGCAAAUAAAAAUGUGUAAAGUACUAAACACCCA